AUGGAUUCUGAGGAACAGAACACAACGCUGUAUGGCUCGCCCUACAAGGCCGAAUUCUACGAGCUGCACUACGCCCAAAAUCUAGGUCUGCAGGACGUCGAGCUCGUCUACUGGCCGGCAUUUGUCGAGAUGUUCUCCAAGCACCCUCGAGACGGCCGCCAGUUCACCUUCGUCGAUAUCGGCACCGGCGGUGGUCGUGCGAUCUUCGGGCUGCUCGACAAAGCGGUUGCCGAGUCGUUCGAGAUCCCCCCCGGGUCUACCCAGUUUGUCGGCAUGGACAUCGAGCAGCACAUGCUCGACUACGCUGCCAGAGAGGCCUCAAAACAUCCCGGAAUCCCCCCCGUCACUUGGUCGCUCGGUUCUGCACUGGCGCUUGACGAACUGCCCGCGCUGGCCAAUCAGAAAACCACGGCCGAUAUGAUCAUCUUCACAUAUGGCAGUAUUGUCCACCUGACAGGCGGCGGCGACCUCGAGAAGUUCUUCGGCCAGGUUUCUCGCGUGCUGACUCCAGGGAGCGGCCGUGCCUUUGUCGAUUUUGCGGACCAAUUCUUUAUUCCGCACGGCCAGGAGAUGCCAGCGGACCAGGAUCUACUCGAUGAGGCGUCUGCAGAAUACCGGGCUGCCGAAGUGAAAAGUGUUCAAUGGCCCGGGAUCAUAUACAAGAUGAAGACGCGGAGGUUGGUGUCGGUCAACAACUUCUGCAAUAUGGAUACAACCGUGCAUGCUGUGAGGGAUGCAGACAAGACCAUAGUCGAAAGUAACUCUGUCAAGCACCACCUGCGUCGGUACAAGGAAGACCACGUCCUGGCUGCUUCUCAGGCGGCUGGGCUGACGCUGCUGGAGAGGCAAAAAUGGGGCCGAGAUAUAGUCCUCAUAUUCCAGAAACCUCUCUGA